AUGUCAACGCCGCCAAAAUUUCAACUGACACUCGUGUUCAGGCUCACUCUCAGUCCAAUAAGAGCCCAGUCGGAAAUGGCACACCUCGACAACAAUAAGUCAAUUUGGCAAGUCAUGUACAUCAGCUUUUCCUUGUCGGACGCCCAGGCGGCUUGUGAUUAUGUAGAAAAACAGCACCCUGUCAAGGCAAUAAUUGAAGCAGACAUGGAUAUGGUCACUUUGCUCAUCACGGCAUCACAACGAUGUGCCAGCGAUAACCGGCGCUUGGGGAGAGUGGAGCAGAAUGCUGGAGGCCCGGUGGUCUUGGUCUCGGUCGGACUGGGCAGGGUCAGAAUGGUGACGAGCUGGCAGCUGACUGUCUGCAACAGCUUCUCGUCGGUGCCGUCACAUCGGUUUAGCACCCGCCUUGACUGUUGGCUCCACUUGGUCAACAGGCCCAAAAAAGUUGCGGCCAACAGUGUGGAAAUUGUGUGUAAAUGGCGGUGGACGCUUAUCAUUGUUGUCGGUCUUGCACACCUUUUACCCCACGGAUCACCCCAACCGAUUCCCACCCCAUCGAUCUCUGCGCAUUGGACAUCUUCUCACAUUCCUCCAUGUCCUGUCGCAUGCUCUCUCCCACCAUCGCCACACAUCUCACGACAUCUCUUGACGAGUAUUGAGGACACCCCAUGA